AUGUUUAAAAACCUUAGAACUGCACUAGAAACCCCAGAGAAAUCUGACAAAAAUUUGAAACUGUCGCCACCACCACAACGCGAACAAGCAUCCCUUGAAAGGUUGGACAGCAACAUCAUGGAAACUCCUCUCAUUGGAAUAAAACUACCUAGGACUCUAAAACAUUGGAGGGAAGCAAAUACAUACUUCCAACUCCACAGAACGUCCUUACCAAAUGUAUCCGACAUCAACAAUUUCACCACAUCAUUCCAAUCACUGAUCUACAAUUAUUUUGCAUCCAACUACGGCACGAUAAAGCCACAAGAUUUAUCGACAAUACAAUACCCCAAUAAAACAGUCAAAAACAUGAAGAAGAACCUAAAACAGUUAAAAUUACUUGGCCGCAACGACCACAGUUUUGACAUGAAAAUCAGCACAUUAAGCAAACAAAUAGGAACAAAACUGUUAUUAAUAAAAAAUACAAAAACUGAGAAACAUGUUGACAUAACAAAACAACUGAAAGUCAAAUUCUGGUCAACAUGCACAAAAUUGUUCAACCCAUCAAACAGCUUAACCCCACCAUUCAGCAUUGACGACUACAAAAAAUAUUUUUACAACAUACUCCACGACCAAUUUCACAACAAGUUUUGCCUUCCGAAAUGGGUUCCAACAUUGCAACAACCAACAAUUCCAUGCAACAUCGACCCCCCAACAUACCACCACGAAAUAGCAACAGCCAUUAGAAAAUGCAAACUUAGAGCAUCCCCCUGUCCGCUCGAUCAAAUCUCAAUAAUUGUCUUCAAAAAAUGUCCUAUGCUGCCCACAAUCUUUCACCAAUUAAUAAUCAAAUGCUGGAGGGAGAAAUUGAAAAGUUUUAAGAUCCUUGGACGCAACAACAAUUUGUUUAACAACGACAUAAUUGCGGUCAGCAAAGUGAUUAGGUCCAAGCUUCAUCACUCGAGGCGUCUAGAUAAAUCGGCCGAUCAAUCCGAAGUUUCAACUCAACUAUGGAAGAACUUUUGGAAAGCAUGCAAAAAAUUUUCUCGCCCACCACAACAACACCUCCAUCAUUCGAUGUUGAAAAAGGGAGCAAUUAUUUCUACAGAGCAAUGA